UCAGAGCGAGUGUACCGUCACGGGGACUAAAUGUGUGCAAGUUUGGGAAUUUAACUAUGGGAAGGAUAUAAAACCUCAGGAUCACGUCAAUCCGGCGUUUGGCCGUCCCGCUGCAGAUGAUGUUAUAGAUGACAGCUCUGCACAGAGGGAAAAGGACGUCGGAUCAAUAAGAGCGGCCUCUCUCUCCCCUCCGCAUAACGGAAACGAAACCCGCAGGAGCGACAGAGAGCGAGGACAGAGAGAGCGAGAGAGAGAGAGAGAGAGAGAGAGAGCGUGCACGUCUGUCUGAUCGAGCCCCCCCCGGAGAGGCGCUGACAUGGGGCUGCGUGCGAGGUCACCCCGCCCCGCCCCGCGAUCGGGGGUCCCGCUGCUCCUCCUGGCGGCGCUGGCGGCGCUGGAGCCGAUGCCCGCCGCACCUGCCACGCCCUUCAAAACCUUCUCCCCGCCCGAGUGGGGGCUGACGCACCUGGCCAUCCACAACAAGACUGGCGAGGUGUACGUGGGCGCGGUCAACUGGAUCUUCAAGCUGUCGGGCAACCUGACCAAGCUGCGCAGCCACAUGACCGGCCCUGUGGUGGACAACGAGAAGUGCUACCCGCCGCCGAGCGUGCAGUCCUGCCCCUAUGAGCAGGUGCAGACCAACAACGUCAACAAGCUGCUGCUCAUCGACUACGCGCAGAACCGGCUGCUGGCCUGCGGCAGCACCUCGCAGGGUAUCUGCCAGUUUCUGCGCCUCGACGACCUCUUCAAGCUGGGCGAGCCGCACCACCGCAAGGAGCACUACCUGUCCAGCGUCAGCGAGUCGGGCACCAUGUCAGGCGUGCUGAUCGAGGGCGCCGAAGGGCACAACAGCAAGCUCUUCAUCGGCACGCCCAUCGACGGCAAGUCCGAGUACUUCCCCACGCUGUCCAGCCGCAAGUUGAUGGCCAACGAGGAGAACGCCGACAUGUUCAGCUUCGUCUACCAGGACGAGUUCGUCUCCUCGCAGCUCAAGAUCCCCUCGGACACGCUCUCCAAGUUCCCGGCCUUCGACAUCUACUACAUCUACAGCUUCAGCAGCGAGCAGUUUGUCUACUACCUGACCCUGCAGCUGGACACCCAGCUGACCUCGCCAGACGCCAGCGGCGAGCAAUUUUUCACCUCCAAGAUCGUGCGCCUGUGUGUGGACGACCCCAAGUUCUACUCCUACGUGGAGUUCCCCAUCGGCUGCACCAAGGACGGCGUGGAGUACCGGCUGAUCCAGGACGCCUACCUCAGCCGGCCGGGCCGGCUGCUGGCUCGCUCGCUGGGCAUCUCGGAGACCGAGGACGUGCUGUUCACCGUCUUCUCCCAGGGCCAGAAGAACCGGGCCAAGCCACCCAAGGAGUCGGCCCUCUGCCUGUUCACCCUGCGGCGCAUCAAGGAGAAAAUCAAGGAGCGCAUCCAGUCCUGCUACAAGGGCGAGGGCAAGCUGGCCCUGCCCUGGCUGCUCAACAAGGAGCUGGCCUGCAUCAACUCGCCACUGCAGAUCGAUGAUAAUUUCUGCGGGCAGGACUUUAACCAGCCGCUGGGCGGGACCAGCACCAUCGAGGGGAUACCGCUCUUCGUCGACAAGGAUGAUGGGAUGACCUCGGUGGCCGCCUACGAUUACCGCGGCAACACGGUGGCCUUUGCCGGAACCCGCAGUGGCAGGAUGAAGAAGAUCCUGGUGAACUCUGUGAGCCCCAGCCUGCCCGCCCUGCUGUAUGAGAACGUGCUGGUGAGCGAGGGCAACCCCAUCCUCAGAGACCUGCUCUUCAGCCCCGACCAGCAGCACAUCUACACCCUCACCGACAAGCAGGUCAGCCUGGUGCCAGUGGAGAGCUGUGAGCAGUACACCAGCUGUGGCGAGUGCCUGGGCUCCAGAGAUCCCCACUGUGGCUGGUGUAUCCUCCACAACGUCUGCUCUCGGAAGGACCGCUGCGAACGGGCCGGAGAGCCCCAGCGGUUCGCUUCUGACCUGCGGCAGUGCGUCCAGCUCAGCAUCCAGCCCCGGAACAUCUCCGUCACCAUGUCCGAAGUGCAGCUGGUGUUGCAGGCGCGUAACGUCCCGGACCUGUCGGCGGGGGUCAACUGCUCCUUCGGGGACUACGCCGAGAGCGAGGGGCACAUCGAGGGGGGGCUCAUCUAUUGCCUGUCCCCCUCGGCGCGGGACGUCGUCCACAUCACCCGCGGCCAAGGGGACAUGCGUGUGGUGAAGCUCUACCUCAAGUCCAAGGAGACGGGGAAGAAGUUCGCCAGCGUGGACUUCGUCUUCUACAACUGUAGCGUCCAUCAGUCCUGCCUGUCGUGUGUGAACGGCUCCUUCCCCUGCCAUUGGUGCAAGUACCGUCACAUGUGCACGCAGAACGCCAAUGACUGCUCCUUCCAGGAGGGCCGGGUCAACGUGUCAGAGGACUGUCCCCAGAUCCUGCCCUCCACGCAGAUCUACAUCCCUGUGGGCGUGACCAAGCCCAUCACCCUGUCGGCCCGGAACCUUCCGCAGCCCCAGUCUGGCCAGCGGAACUAUGAGUGCAUCUUCCACAUCCAGGGCACGGUACACAGUGUCACCGCCCUGCGCUUCAACAGCUCCAGCAUCCAGUGUCAGAAGACCACGUAUGACUACGAGGGCAAUGACAUCAGCGAUCUGCCUGUGGACCUGUCUGUGGUGUGGAACGGAAACUUUGUCAUUGACAACCCGUACAACAUCAAAGCUCACCUGUAUAAGUGCUACGCCCUGCGGGACAGCUGUGGGAUGUGUCUGAAGGCCGACCCGAGGUUCGAGUGCGGCUGGUGUGUGCAGGAGAAGAAGUGCUCUCUGCGGCAGGAGUGCGCCCCGCCCGAGAGCAGCUGGAUGCACGCCACCACUGGGAACAGCCGCUGCACGCACCCCAAAAUCACCAAGCUGUUUCCCGAGACCGGCCCCAGGCAGGGCGGCACCAAGCUGACCAUCAGCGGGGAGAACCUCGGCCUGCAGUUCCGGGACAUCCAGACCGGAGUGCGUCUGGGGAAGGUCCUCUGCCACCCCCUGGAGGAGGAGUACAUCAGCGCUGAGCAGAUUGUGUGCCAGCUGGCCGAUGCCACGGGGUACCGUGUCCAGGAGGCGCAUGUGGAGGUGUGUGUGCGCGACUGCUUAGCGGACUACAGAGCCAUCUCGCCCAGGGCCUUCACCUUUGUGACCCCGUACUUCACGCGUGUGCAGCCCUCCCGCGGCCCUCUCUCGGGGGGCACCCGGAUCACCAUCGAGGGGAGCCAUCUAAACGCCGGCAGCGCGGUGGCCAUCAACAUCGGCCUGCACCCCUGCCACUUCGAGAGGCGCUCUGCCAAGGAGAUCGUGUGCGUGACGCCGGCGGGUCAGAACCCGGGGGGCACGCCCGUCAUGGUGGACAUUAACUGGGCCGAGCUGAGGAACCCGGAGGUCAAGUUCAACUACACCGAGGACCCCACCAUCCUGAAGAUCGACCCGGACUGGAGUAUCGCCAGUGGCGGAACCCUGCUGACCAUCACCGGCACCAACCUGGCCACGAUCAAGGAGCCCAAGAUGCAGGCCAAGUACGGUUCUGGAAGAUCCGUCAACAACUGCACGGUGUAUAACAACACCAUGAUGGUGUGCCUGGCGCCCUCGGUGGCCGGCUCGGAGAAGGGCUUCUCGGAGGCGGGGAGCGGGCCGGAUGAGAUCGGCUUCAUCAUGGACAACGUGCAGUCGCUGCUGGUGGUGAACGAGAGCUUCAGCUACUACCCCGACCCCGUGUUCGAGCCCCUGAGCCCCACCGGCAUCCUGGAGCUCAAGCCCAGCUCCCCGCUCAUCCUCAAGGGCCGGAACCUGAUUCCGUCAGCCCCCGGGAACUCUCGGCUGAACUACACGGUGCUGAUCGGAGAGACCCCCUGCGUGCUGACGCUGUCUGAGACCCAGCUGCUGUGUGAGUGGCCCAACCUGACAGGGCAGCACAAAGUCACGAUCCGCGCGGGCGGGUUCGAGUACUCCCCCGGCACGCUGCAGAUCUACUCGGACAGCCUGCUGACCCUUCCCGCCAUCAUCGGCAUUGGCGGCGGCGGCGGGCUGCUGCUGCUGGUCAUCAUCGCCGUGCUCAUCGCCUACAAGCGCAAGUCGCGGGAUGCCGACCGCACGCUCAAGCGGCUGCAGCUGCAGAUGGACAACCUGGAGUCCCGCGUGGCGCUGGAGUGCAAGGAAGCGUUUGCCGAGCUGCAGACCGACAUCCACGAGCUGACCCAGGAGCUGGACGGAGCGGGCAUCCCCUUCCUGGAUUACAGGACCUACGCCAUGAGGGUGCUGUUCCCUGGCAUCGAGGACCACCCCGUGCUGAAGGAGAUGGAGGUCCCGGCCAACGUGGAGAAGGCCCUGACGCUGUUCGGCCAGCUGCUGAAUAAGAAGCACUUCCUGCUGAGCUUCAUCCGCACGCUGGAGGCUCAGCGCUCCUUCUCCAUGCGGGACAGGGGCAACGUGGCGUCCCUCAUCAUGACCGCCCUGCAGGGCGAGAUGGAGUACGCCACGGGCGUGCUCAAACAGCUGCUGUCCGACCUCAUCGACAAGAACCUGGAGAGCAAGAACCACCCCAAGCUCCUACUGCGCCGAACGGAGUCCGUCGCCGAGAAAAUGCUGACAAACUGGUUUACCUUCCUGCUGUACAAGUUCCUGAAGGAGUGCGCUGGGGAGCCCCUCUUUAUGCUGUACUGCGCCAUGAAGCAGCAGAUGGAGAAGGGUCCCAUCGACGCCAUCACGGGCGAGGCCCGCUACUCCCUCAGCGAGGACAAGCUCAUCCGCCAGCAGAUCGACUACAAGACGCUGACUCUGCACUGCGUGAACCCCGAGAACGAGAACGCCCCCGAGGUGACGGUGAAGAGCCUGAACUGCGACACCAUCACGCAGGUGAAGGAGAAGCUGCUGGAUGCUGUCUACAAGGGAAGCCCCUACUCCCAGAGACCCAAGGCCUCCGACAUGGACCUGGAGUGGCGUCAGGGCAGGAUGGCCAGGAUCAUCCUCCAGGACGAGGACGUCACCACCAAGAUCGACAACGACUGGAAACGGCUCAACACACUGGCGCACUACCAGGUGACGGACGGCUCAGUGAUCGCCCUGGUGCCCAAGCAGAACUCAGCCUACAACAUCUCCAACUCGUCCACCUUUACCAAAUCUCUCAGCAGAUACGAGAGUAUGCUGCGGACAGCCAGCAGCCCGGACAGCCUGCGCUCUCGCACGCCCAUGAUCACGCCCGACCUGGAGAGCGGCACCAAGCUGUGGCACCUGGUGAAGAACCACGACCACUCGGACCAGCGCGAGGGCGACCGCGGCAGCAAGAUGGUGUCCGAGAUCUACCUGACGCGGCUGCUCGCCACCAAGGGUACCCUGCAGAAGUUCGUGGACGACCUGUUCGAGACGAUUUUCAGCACAGCCCACCGCGGCAGCGCCCUUCCCCUGGCCAUCAAGUACAUGUUCGACUUCCUGGACGAGCAGGCGGACAAGCACCAGAUCUCCGACGCCGACGUGCGGCACACCUGGAAGAGCAACUGCUUGCCCCUGCGGUUCUGGGUGAACGUGAUAAAGAACCCGCAGUUCGUCUUCGACAUCCACAAGAACAGCAUCACAGACGCCUGCCUGUCGGUGGUGGCCCAGACCUUCAUGGACUCCUGCUCCACCUCUGAGCACAAGCUGGGCAAGGACUCCCCCUCCAACAAGCUGCUCUACGCUAAAGACAUUCCUAACUACAAGAACUGGGUGGAAAGGUACUACUCUGACAUCUCGCGGAUGCCGGCGAUCAGCGACCAGGACAUGAGCGCGUACCUGGCAGAGCAGUCACGGCUGCACCUGAGUCAGUUCAACAGCAUGAGUGCGCUGCACGAGAUCUACUCUUACAUCGUCAAGUACAAGGACGAGAUCCUGUCUGCGCUGGAGAAGGACGAGCAGGCGCGGAGGCAGAGACUGCGCAGCAAGCUGGAGCAGGUCAUCGACACGAUGGCGCUGGCCAGCUGAGACCCGACCCACGCAGCCGCGCAGGGAGGAGGGACAGUGUCGCACCCGACCCGAAAAAAAAAAAAAACCACGGACUGCAAGGACAGAAGCAGUGCACUGGAGAUUCUGCAGAGCUGGGCGUGCGAGGCCCAUCUCGGCCCGAUAUGGAACCCGUCGGA